AUGCACGACUACAUGCUCACGCUCAAUCCAGCGGACUACUUCUCGACAAUAUCAUGGCCCCGACCGCCUAGCUAUAAAUUCUCCGACCUAUCCACCUACCUCUUUGGAGUGGCACGUCAUUCGCAAACGACUAUUCACGCCUUACCCCCAGAACUAUUGGAACACAUAUUCUCAUACUAUACUCAUGUCGACGAUGAAGAUAUCCCAGGAAUCGCGAGUGGCAUUAUUUCCACCCACUGUAUAUCCGCACGCCCACGGGCGUAUGCAAACCCUCUCAUACUCGGUCACGUCUGCUCGCGAUGGAUGUCCAUUUCAAGGAAUCAACAAAGGCUGUGGACGAAACUGUAUGUCACGGAACCGGAAUCCGCGAAACAGGUCGCAAUGGCGAGAUACUGGCUCUCACUCUCUGGCACGUCGCCUCUCACGCUGUCGCUGAAGAUAAGUAGCGCACUGGCGAUGAGUCAUGCCCCCUCCUCAGCUGAGGGCAAAAACCGGGAGAAAUCGAGAGCAGAAGCUGUGCGCAGAUAUGUCGAUCUCUUCUUGAUGCGAUACGACCAAUGGCAAAGCAUCACAAUCAAGCUUUCGGGGACCACCUAUCUCCCUUCAUUGCUUAACUGUGGGCCAAAUUCCAUCAUAUACGUUCCAAAAGAUGCUCCACCAAUGCUCAAGCAUGUCGACAUUGACUACGGCAGUUGGAUGUUGGGCGACAGAAGGAGACCCAAUGACGCCAUGCUUUCUGUGCUCUACUCGGCUCCUGGGCUGGACUCUGUCUCGUGGAGUGCGCAGUGGUAUGCACCAACAAAGCUUGUGACACACGAGGUUUUUCCACAUUGGAAGAACCUGAGGAAGUUGGUGUACAGGCAGGGAUAUUCGUAUAACACGUUGAAGGUGGCUGAUGCAAUAGCACUUCUGGAUGCAUGUCCUCUGCUGGAACAUUUCGAUGCGUUGUUUUACCCAGAGCACGGACAUGGAGGUACGCAUGAGGUGCAGGAGCUCGUUAAACAUCGGAACCUGCGUGUGCUCGAUCUGACCAUCAUGCAAUCGACCGCGGCGGUAUUAUUCGACUCGCUGGAUUUACCCGCUCUAGAGGAAGUGAAGAUCGAAUUCCCAUCUGAUUACGGCAACACUGUUAACUCUGCCUUUGUGGGUCUGCUGAAGCGAUCGGAGUGUAAGUUGCAAAGGGUAUUCUUCGACAACUCCAAUGGUGGUACGGACAGUGAGGUUAUUCUUGAGGUGCUCAGGUCGCAGCAUCUCAAAGAUCUCAAAGUGUUGCAACUGGCGGGCGUGAGGACUUCGGGAGUAAUGAGGCUGCUUACGAGACGAGCAGCCGUGGAAGAGACACUGGCCGUUCUCCCUCUUCUGGAGAGAUUGGACUUCCAGAAAUUUGCCUAUGGAGAUUCACCCUCGAUCGACGACGUGGAAAACAUGAUCAUGUCUCGGACAAAGCAAAUAAGGGGGCUGGGCGUCGGCCGUCUAAAGAAAGAAGGCCAUGGAGACGCACUUACUACACUUGCGCGUGUAGAAUUGCAGCUCGGGGAGUUGGGGACAUGGGAUUACUAUCGGCUGGCAAAAUUGGGUAGUCGGGGAAGUAAGAUCGUCCUUACGGAUAUGGGCACGAGGAGCGAAAUGAGUGUUCCUCCAAUCAUGCAAGUUCUCAGUGGGGUGCGGAACUGGAUUAUGCCUGGGGCAAGGUUUGCGUGGGAUCAUUAA